AUGCAAAACUUAUUUUACUUCAUUUUCCAGCAGCAGCAUGUUUUCCUAGCUUCUCCCGCCAUUUUCUUCAACAACAGCAUGUCAACAGUCCUCAUGACAUCAUCAACAACAACAACAGCAGCAACAUCAACCAUGAUCCCUUUGAUGGAUUCCAGUCCCAACGGCAACACUGACAGUGAGCAUCAUCAGCAGCCCACAGUGGCGUCCACCACAGUGUUCCUGGUGUCCUCGGGCGCCACUCUGGUCAUUUCCGGCGCCGUGUUCCUUCUCCUCGCCCACCUGCUCGUCUUCCACGUGCACAUGAUGCGACUGGGCAUCACGACUUACGAGUACCUGAGGGGUUAUCACGAGAACCCCGCCUUGAGGGAAGCAGCGUGGGCCUCGGAGAAGGCAGCGGAAGAGGCGGAGCGGCGGCAACGGCUGGCCGCCGCCGCCGCCACCGCCGCCACCCCUGCUACUGAUGCCGCCUCGAAUUGCUGCUGCUCAUCCAGUCUCAUCCUCCUGCUCAGUUGCAGGUGCUGCAAGUCUGCCGGCGACUCCGACAUUGAAGGCGGCGGCAGCAGCAGGGACGCCCCUUCUUCAAAGAAGCAAUAUUGUUCCCCUCAGCAUCACUCAUCCUCAUCAGGACACCAGAAAUCUGGAAAUAACAGUCAUAAUCCCUUUCCUGCUGAUGAAAUAACAGCACACACCUCAUCCUCAUUCAUGCAACAGCAAUUAGAAGAUGAUGAUGAACAACAACAGCAAAAUGUUCACCCGUCAAUAAUCGACGCCCCCGAAGCCGCCUCUUUGUCGACGAAAAACGGCGCCCCCAGCAGCUGCAGCAGCAGCAGCUCCUCAUCAGUGCCCAGUUUACCAAGACUUCAGCAAGAAUCCCGCAAUAAAAAUCACAAUAACAAACAAAACAAUGAAAUUACCCAUGAUGAGCAGGAGACAAACAACAACAAGAAGAGGAAACUGAUGAGGAAAAAAGAAUCGUCAUCGGGAUCGAAUCAUCAUCAUCAAAAUUGGCUCGAUUGGCCACUCGACGACCGAUCGACACUUGCUACAGCUGGAAUGCAAAACAAAGUCGACGACGACGACGACGACAGCAAAAAUGACGAUAAUAUCAAGGACAGAGUCCGUCCUUUUUGGGCCAGCAAUAAUAAACUGGAACAAGUGGAGGAAUUGAGAGAAGAAGAAGAAGACGAAGAUGAUGAUGAUGAUGAUAGUAAUAGUUUGCGACGAAAAAGAGUCAUGUGUCGUCAGAUUGGGACAGUGUUCAAGGAUGACGAGCCUACUGCUGCUGAUGUCGACGACGAUGUCGAGGAUGACACGCCUGACAGCAGCCACGACGACGCCUUCUUCCAUCGACGUCGAUUCUGGCUCGUCUAA